GGCGCUGACUCGACGGAUAAACUGACCGGAAAUACCGCGAGCGGGCGGGAAGUUGAAAGUUUGAGUAUUACUGAUUUUUUUUAAAUUGCCAUUACUAACUUAAUCUACGUGUAUUAAAGUAAAGUCGCAUCUUCCACGAGAGCAGAGAUGGCGGACAGAAAUCUUGUGCGGGAGUUGAAACGUUGGGCGACAGAGGAAUUCAAUCUGCCACCGGACAGCCUGCCAAAUGACGGCUAUUUUAAAACGCUCUGUAUCGGGACAGGGAAGUCGAUAUGGAAGUAUGUCUUCCAACACGUUUUUCAACAGAGGAACGUGAGGAUCAUGCGUGGCAAUCUCCAGUGGUACAAAGUUCUUCAAGACAAAGAGAUGAAGCAGGCUGAGGGCCAGAGUGAGGCUGCUAAACAGAAAGAGCUUCAGAGGAAGAUAGAGCAGCUGAGAGCUGAGAUCAGUCACCUGGACUCUGGGAUCAGUGGAACAGAGGAACAGUUGGCUACACAAGAGCAGUCCAUCAGCCGUACCUGGGCCCAGGUGGAGGACAGCCGGCGCAGAGAGCUGCUCCUGCAGGCCUUCAGGCAGCGCUGCAUUGUGGGCCGCAAUGGGCUCUCUGAUGACACACAGAAGAUCAGUGGGCACUGCCAGACACUGGAGAAAAUGACCAGGAAAGCAGAGAUUGAAGUGCUGUUUGAUAAUCAGCCCUCCAGCUGCAGUGAUGGUGACAACCUCAACUCUAAAGUCGCAGCAGAGGCACAAGUCCUGCGUGAAGUGAGAGCGCUGUGUGACGACAGGCUCCACUUCUAUCAGUCUUUACAAGACAGUGAACUGAAAACGACGCACUCUGCAGCCAAACAUAUGACUCGGGAACAAAGGACGGCUGUGUUCCAGUACUGGCUGAGUUCGGUGGAGAUCCUGUUGGAUGAUUAUCCUCCAAACCACGUCCUCUCAGCAUUGGAGCAUUUAGCCUCCAGAGAGCAGAAGGAACUAGAGGAGAAACUCGCCGCUCUGGAUGUGACACGGGAUGUGACGGCUCUACGGUUCCGCUAUGAAAGCAAUCACCUGCUGGAUGUGUCGGCCGAAGAGGAUGAGUUGCCGUCGGUUAAGAGUCUCUUGGAGGACGCUUGGGAAGAGGUGGAGCAGAGUUUGGUGGAACUGGCUCAGACUCGCUCCAGAGUCCAGCCGCUCCAAAACCAGCUGCAGGCGCGCAAGAGGGAGGCUGAGCAGGAAGUGUCGGGCGUUGCAGAUGAGCACCACAACGACACCUUGGCGCUGUCAGCUCUCGAGGUGGAACUUCAGUGUGUGAUGCAGGCGGCAGCCAGAGAUCACAUCAGAGAGCGCUGUCUCCAACUGGACCAGCACGCCAGAAGCCGACAGGAGGCUCUGAGGAACCUCCACAGCCAGUGGCAGAGCAUCCUGGACUUCAGACAACUAGUGGUUCUCAGACAGGAGCAUAUCAGAGGUCUGAUUAAGGGGAACUCAACGGCCAAGACGAAGCUGAUCCGUCUGCACACAGAGUUACAGGAAUUUGUCCGGGGGAAACUGGUGCCACAGUUUGAAGUUGUCACCGCCGCAGCCAGCAGUCAGAGGAACUUCAUUUCCAAGGAGGUCCGACAGUUGGGAACGGUUUCACUUCCUGCUCUGGACCGUAGGACCGUUGAAGGAAUGCAAAGAGUCCCUGCGACGUGGCUGUCCAUCCAUCGCUUGCCGUCUCCGACCUUUAGCAGCUUGUGCCAGAGCCUGGCAUUCCCACUGUACAGGGCUCCAGAAGAAAUGUUUUCCCAGGCGCGCGCCCAGCAGCUUGAGUUGCGUUUUCUCCGUCAGUUACUGCAACUUCACUCUACUACUUUACAGAAAGUACAGAAGGAAGCAAAGUCGCUGCAUGCGCCUGAUCAAAAAGCUCUGCUGUCCAGAGUCGUGGAGGAGGAUCAGAAGCUUCUGGAGUGUCUCGUCCCGAGAGUCAGAGGCCUCACACAACGUAGCGCCCACGGCCUUUCUUAUGGAGUCCAAGUCAAAACUGCCAUCUCAUACUGGUGGGAUCAGCCAGCCCAGCACGUCCUGCCUGAGGUCCAUAAAGCAGGACUGACUUUUCAACAGUGGCUACAAAGGUGGAAACUUGCUGCCAAAGCGUCUUAAGGGAAAACCUCAUAGGUUUAAAAUAUAAAUGAGAUCCCUAACUGCACCUUUCAGUGGCAAAAUGACCACGCUACAGUAGUUAGAACAAUGCACACUUCUUCUUUCUAUGUUUUUCAUGCUCAUUGCUACUCUUGAUGUUUUACCUUGUCACUAAUAAAUCAUUUUAAAUCCA